AGCAGUUCAUUAUGUGUACACUGCACCUGUGCAUCAGAUUCUCCCUGUGGUUUUCGGUUGUACCCACCAAUAAUAAUUAUUGCCAAUCUUGUCUUGCUUCUUUGCUGCCAACUGAUGAAACAAUGAGAUGCUGGGUGAUGGUACAAAAUCACAUUGCAAGCCAAGAACCACAUUGGCAUCACAUGACAACUCAAGAAAGAGGGAUUCUUGUUGUCCCCUUCGUCUGACCAACCUCUGGGUAUCCAUGCUGGUUUAUAAGAAGAGCUCACCCUGGGUAUCCUCUGCUCAUCUUCAGCAGUCACACAACUUGAGUGAUCCCCCCUACUUUUGGCCAGAAGCAAAUAUGACAUCCCAGCCUUGCAAUCUCCGUUCCAUUAGCAUGCCUUCCAGACCUCACCCUGUGAUAUUUAGAGUUGAAGAAGAGCUGUGCAAGCUUAGGACUUUUGUAGCAACAUCUUCUCCUUCAUCACCACAGAUGAUCUCCGAUGGGCUAAGAGAGCUUGCGGCUGUGUAUGAAUCUAUCAAGGAGGUUCUUCGCUUGCCAUGCAACCACUGUUCCUUGCAGAAGAAAUGGCUGGAAGAUGAAUUGGAUGGGUCCGUCAGAUUGCUGGACUUGUGCAGUGAUUUGAAAGAUGGCUUGGCUAUGAUCAAAGAGCACAUCAAAGACCUUCGGCUGGCGCUCCGAAGAAGAGAUGUUGCUGCAGCAGAAAGAACAGUGAAUGCUUACCUUCGUUUUACCAAGAAGGCAGACAAGGAUGUGAAGAACUGCUUCAGAUCAUUGAAGGUGGAGGGAAAAUGUGCGGACAAGGACUGUGGAAAACCAAUAGUGAGCAGGCUCUUGAUGGAACUGAAGGCGAUCACAUUGUCUCUCAUCCAUCUAGUGCCGUCUUUCUUGUCAAUGCAGGCAGGGCGACCAAAGACAGGAAGGUGGUCGUUUGUCUCCAAGGCAUUAAGCAAGAAGCAAGUGGCAUGCGAGAGGGAGCAUGAGGAUGGAAAUGGAAUUGAAAGAUCAGAUUUGUUCUCACUGCAUGCUUCGCUCGAGUACAUAUCCUGCAAAGAUGUUGGUGACGGCAGGGUAGUAAAAUUCCACGAUCAAUUGCAAAUGCUAGAGGACAACACUAAAGAUCUUGAGAGUGGAAUAGAAAGUUUGUUCAAGCAGCUAAUUCAGAGCAGAGUCCAUCUUCUUAACAUCCUAAGCUCAUAAGUAGCUCAUGAAACCUUGUAUGCUAUGAUCAGCAUCCAGAUUUUAGGAGAUCUGCUGAUCAGUGUUAACAGUUUUGUACAGUAAUCUGUAUACUAUUAAAAUCCAAUACAAUCUUCUUG